AUGGAUUAUGAAACGCCAUCUACUUCGCAUGUAGAUAAUCAGUCACCCGUAGAUGACAUUGUGGAGAAUGCAGAUUUAAAUAUUCUAGAAUGCCCAAUAGAACUUAAACCAUUUGUUGGUUGUAGCUUCCCUAUUUUGGACAACGCAAUUGAGUUUUACGAGAACUAUGGGCAACUCGUCGGAUUUGAUACAAGGAAGAACGGUUCAAAGAAGGUUGAUGAUAUCACCUUAUGGUUUUACAUGGUGUGUAACAUAGAGGGUGAACAGAAGUUUAACGAUCAACAACCCAAACGGCGACGCAAAUCCAAAAAAUGUGGAUGUAAUGCUUCUGUUGCUUUCAAAUUUGAUUCAGAUCGUGGUUACGUAAUUCAACACUUUAACGAAGAACACAACCAUCCCAUGGUUGAGGUACAACACCACAAGUUCAUGAGGCUAAAUCGUCAACUUGAACCAGUUCAUCAAAAAUUUAUUUCAGAUUGUGUUGGUGCUAAUAUCGGGCCAUCUCUAACUUUCAAGUUACUUACUGAGUUGAUGGGCGGUUAUGAGUCUGUUGGUUGUACUGUGUUGGACAUUCGCAACUAUACACGGGAUAUCAGAAGAUACGCUGAAGGAUGUGACGCCCAAAUGACCAUAGAUGAGUUGAAGAAGAAGAAGGAAAAUUGUGAUGCCUUCACGUACGAGUAUGACGUUGAUUCCCAGAGUCGUUUGAAUCAUUUGUUUUGGUGCGAUCCUAUUGCCAAGAUGAAUUUCUUGCAAUUUGGUGAUAUUGUUUCUUUCGAUACUACGUACUCAACUAACAGAUGGUGUAUGUGGCACAUCAUGGCAAAGGUAGCUGAAAAGGUUCCUAAGUCACUUCUUGGAAAUAAUGAUUUUAAAAAGGAUUUGAAUUCAUGCGUUUGGUAUUGGGUUCCAGCCUACUUUAGGGACUUUCCUAAUAGUUCGUUGAUAAAGACGACAUCUGUUUCGGAGUCGCAGAAUAGUUUUUUCAAGAGUCUGGUAUCUAUAUCUAAUGAUUCAAGUACAGAGGUUUAUAAGGUUUUAGAUCAUUUUUCAAACAUAUGGUCGGUCACAUUAUCUGUGGAGGAUUCUGUUUGUGUAUGUGGUUGUAAGAUGUUUUUGAGGACUGCUCUUGUAUGCUGCCACAUCUUCCUGGUGUUGAAGAACAAAAGAUAUCGAUUGAUUCCGGAGUAUCUGAUUGGAGGUCGAUGGUUGAAAUCAUCUUUGCUUAAGGCUGUUCAUGGCGUCCAAAACUCAGAUGUUGCAACUCAUGUUUAUGUUGAUGAGAAGAAGAAGGCUCAAGCAAUUUUGUUGGGAGAGAUGUUGGGUCUUUACCAAGCGGUGUCUGUUGAUAUUGACCAAAUCCAUGAGCUGACAUCGAUAGUGCGUGAAGCUCGACAACAAUUUUUUGCCGACGGGGUUGUAACGUCUACAGCACAGAAGAAGAAAAUAAUGGAGGAAUUUUAUGGGGCUGAGGCACCUCAGGAAGUGGAUGUUCAACCACCUGAAGUUGUCAGCACCAAGGGAUGUGGUAGUAGACUCCCUUCAAGAGUCGAGAAGGCUUUGAAGCUUAAGAACAAGCCUAUGCGUCAAUGCAAGAAAUGUCAGGAGUGGGGUCACCACGAUUCUAGGAAUUGCGAAAAAUUUAAAGAGAAAGAAAAGAUGCGGUCCAGAAGAAAUUCUGAUGUUUGA